UCGAUCUACUUGCGUGCUUUAACAAUACAAUGUGAUGAAACGCCGCAUAUUUCAUUAGGGUUCAAGUAAGUUUACAUUCGCAUCUCCAAAUCUAUGGCUACGUCGGUUGCGCAGCCGAUCGUAUUCGCAUCUACCUGAGCUAAGAUGAUAAAUCGGUUCUUUCACAUAUUUCCCUUACCUUCCUCUCCCUUUCAUUCCCCUCACCCAUUAAGCCUCUCCUUUCCUCGCCAUGCGUCUCUCUCUCCGACCACUACUUCUCAUUUUCCGUUCCUGAGAAGCCUCUUCGUGUAGCCAUCCUCCUCAGUGGCGGCGGCGAUAGAACUGUCGCCCUCCGCCUCCUCCACGCUGCUGACCACUCUUGAACCGCCUUAUACCUCAAAAUCUGGUUCCAGGAAAAGGCUUUGAAAAUUUCUGGAAUCAGUACCCCUGGAAAGAUGAUUUGAAGUGUGCAACGCAUGUCUGAGAGCAGGUUGAUGUCACGUUGGAAGUUGUGCAUUUAUCAGAUGAAUACUGGGAUAUAGUUUUAGGCUUCUUACAUUAUUGAGGAGUACCGUUGUGGGCAUACACCUAAGCUGGAUGUUCUGUGAGAUACUAGAAUCAAGUUCGGGGCAUUCAUGGAUGCAAUCAGUGAUAUGAUAUGAUUACAUAGCUUCAGUUCAUAAUGCUAAAGUUGUCCAUCCUCCUGCUGGUCCAUCUGUUUUGGAACUCUCACAAGACAUGGUGAAAGAUCAGACCUACUCCCUCUCACAUCUCUCUCAGUCCCAGCUUAAGUAAAAGUUUCCUUCGAUUACCAAAUGUCAUUACAUAAGCAAAUAUUAAGUUACAACCUUUAGGUUCUGGGAAUGGAUAUCAUCUCAAGCUUGAAAACUAUCCAGGUGGAGCAGAAACAUUUGAGGCCAUUCUGAAAUUCUGCUACGGUCUCCUGCUGGAGUUGAAUCCUCUCAACUUAGCUCCACUGAGAUGUGCAUCAGACUAACAAAAAUCCAGAAAGCUCCUUCCUCCGACAGGUUCAAGCUCACACAGAAGAACAAAAAGCUCUUUCUGAAGAGAGCGCGACACUACAACUCAGACAACAAAGAAGAAGACAAAACGAAGAAGGCACCAGAGGUAACCAUCCGCGAGAAGAUCUCCGAUGCUAACAUGGGACGGAACUAGCUUCUGAGAGGAAGAAGAUGGCUCCGACAAGGUCGAGAACACUUAUGGAGAGGAUCACGGGGAGAUUCAAUCUGGUAUCACCAGGUUUGGUGAUGAUGAUGGAUGCAAUGCGUUUAAGAUGGCUGGGUCCUGUUUUAUCAGCACAUAAGCAUCUUAUUGCUCAGGAGCUAGCUGAUGAGGAAGCUGAGAAGAAGGCUAAGGGUCAGGCCAGAAAGGCAAAACAUUUGGUUGCUGAGAAAGGGCAUGUUAAACCUGCUAACCAUUUAGAGUUGCAUGAGAAGAUUUUUAUAGGUGUUGCUACUAAAAAGGAGUGGUCAAGCUUUUCAAUGCUGUAAACAAGGCUCAACAUGCUCAGGAGGGGUUGAAUGCUUCAAGGUCAAAAGAAGCGAAGUAAAGAAGCAUUCUUCUCGGAGUUGGGGAAAACACCUAGAACAGACUCCAAGGUUUUGCAUAGUCUACACUAUCUCCUACUCUCUCUGUAUACGCUUUAUCUCGAGAGUUACAUUCACCUUUAGAUGAGCAUAUAAGCAAGUUCGCCUGUCUUGAUGUGACUUCUAUGAAGAAAUUAACGGAACAAAUCAUCUUUAUUAGUGAGAGCUGUUAUCAGCCUGUUAUCAGCUAUAA